AGGCCGGCGGUCGUUUCGCAUCCUCUCGAUACCCACAACCCGCACCUCGCAAGGUCAAGUGCGAUCAAAGUCAUUGCUCUUCUUGCGCAUAGUUGUAACCUGCGCCUGCGCACCGUCUUCAACCUGAACGAGCUUUGCUGCAUCAUUAUGAGGAGCGUACUGGCGUGCAUCUUUUUUUGCGUCAUCACCAACGUGAUUGCCAGCGGUGAUGAUCGAUUUAUCAAGAAGUAUGCGAUGAUGAAGAUUUACGAGAGUUGCUUUGGACCUGAGGUUGUAAAACAAAUUCGGCGUGAAAUGAAAGAAGCCUAUGCGAAGUGUGCAUCACCGCCACCUGUCGAAGAAUCUUCAAACCAACACAACAUACCGGCCAUACUGCUCGGAAAACUACCGCCAGGAUUUACUAUGGAUCCGAGCACGCAAACCAUAACAAAACCCACAGAUGGCGCUGUACACAACCAAGAUAAUGAAGAUAUUCCUGAAAAAGUUCACAUCCAGAAAGUUCCUUUUCAAAACAUGCUACCUCUUCGCACCCCGCCCGGGUUCCAACAGCAAGCCAUCCCCCCCUACAUGAUGGCAAACCAGUACCGACCGUACAGUCCUGCAUCACCCUUCUAUCCCUUCCCCUACAGCCCCGCUAUGUUCUACCCCCAGUACAACCCCUAUGGGUACCAGCAGCCUCAGCAACAACAGUUCUACCAGCAACCGUACUUUGGAUCCAACAGAAUUUCGCGGGACUUGGAUCUUCGUGAUCGCCUGGACAUAAUCUCGCGGGGCGGUGCCGCGGCCGGCAAGGUGAAGAACAUAACGUGCGUGAUGCAGGAGCUGGGCUACAUCGACCACGACCUGGAGCCCAACUACGAGCAGAUCACGCAGCGCAUCGCCAACCUGCCGGUCUCCGCCGACCUGAAGGGAGACAUCCAAGACGGCCUGCAGUUUUGCCAGAAAUUCUCGCAAUGUGUGCCGGACAUCAAACGUGACAUGGCUCCGCUAUCUCAGGAACUCAUCAAGCCUAUGUUCUUCUUCAGAUGCUAUAAGCACAAAAAGUUGGAGGCGUGCAUCAUGAAGGACAUUCGUGAACGUUUCACCACUGAAGAUGAGCUGGAUACUGAUGGUGACUUCGGCCGCUCCCUUCCUCGUACUGGGCGUGCAGCUCGUGACGACUCCACCAACGACCCGAGAGUCGACGCUCUCGAUGAGAUGUCAGUGUACUUGUAUGACUACUUGAGCGGCGGCAGCGGACUCGACUACGAUCUGUAUCUGUAACAACUGCACCUGACAUACUAGAGACAGAGGAACUGCUGUAACAUUAGAAAUCUGUAACCAUUUGUGCUAGAGUAAUACCAACUUAUCUGUGAAGUGGCAAAAAUAGGAACUACGGUCGCCAUGUUGAAAUGUCAUUCGACUGUCAGUGUCUAUUACUUUCGAGUGUUUCCUGUGUUUUAUUGCGAUACUUCUGAAUUUGAAGCGUUAAAUAUGCCCCGACUUCUGUGCACAUUGGAAUUAAUUGGCAACACUGAAACGACGAUGGCGACACCCAUCAGUCCACAGAUAAGUUGGUGACACUGUAAUAUCGUUUGAUUGUUCAACAUUGAUGUUUUCAUUAUACUCGUAUAGUGGAGCGCUCGAAUGGUCACAUUAAAUGAGCACAUGGGUAGAACUAAUAGUAGUAAUCAUAAAAAAUUACUAAAAAUUAAAUUAAUUAGUAAAUAAUUAGUUGAAUUUUUAAAGGAAACAAAUUGUAAUUUAAAGAACCUUGUAAUACCUUUACGUGGACGCUACUCUUCUACGAUUCCUGAGCAGCUACGCCUCCACGUGCGACAAGUAGGUAUCAGUUGCUUGCGGUUACAUAGAGGAUGUUUUGAAUAAUAUUGUGAAAAUUUAUUUAUUUAGGAAAAUAUUUUUAUUUUCUUUUUUUUUAUGAUUACGGUUAAGAACCUUUAUUUGUGCAUUUAUUAAUUAAACUUAUUAGUAAGAAUAUAUUACAAUGCUUUAUUUCUAGAGCAUAUUGCAGAAAAUAUUUCAAUUUUUUAACAGCAGUGUUUUGGUAUGUUCUAAUUCUAAUUAAGAAGUGAAAACAAAGCCAUUUAGGUCGAACACCAAGCCUACUGUUUCAAAUAUUUUUCUGCACUUGGUAUCUUGUAUCUACCUGGUAUCUUCACAAUUUUUUCUUCAAUACCGAUUGAAUUCGUAGUCACUGAAGAAUGCCAAAUACCUUUUCGUAAUACUAUUUCUAAUAAAAUUAAUUUGCUGUAUCGAAAUCCUGAGCCAUUUUUGUGCGCGAUAUCUGGUCGUCAUGAUAAUGUCAAGGUCUGCAGUUGGCCUUGUCCUCCGUUUUAUGUCACUUGAAUUAUAUAUCUAAUGUUCCAAACGUAAUUAUUCCAUAAAAUGUAAUUCAAGGAGAAUGUAGUUCAUACAAUCUGUAAUUCCAUUUGCUGCUUCAGAAAAGUGGCUGCAAGAAGAUGCUCAACUAUCAGUUAAUUUUUUUUUUUCACAAUUUUCAUAUUUGAAAUAAUUAUCUGUUUAUAAUUAGGUUAGGAAUCAAUUGCGGUAUAUUUUUUAAUUAUUACGUAACAUUAUAAUAAUUUAUUUAUAAUUGUGCUAAGACUCAGUAGGAACUAUAAUGUAGAGGUAGAGAUAGAUUAGAACUUAAUGAAUAAGAUUAAAUAACAGAGAGACUCACAUAUCAUAUCUUCAUUCAUUCAUAAAUGCAGAAUUCAUGCAUUUGCUUGUGUAACACUAAGGGCUGUAUUACACUGUGACACCACGGUUGCAACCAGUCGGCGCUACCAACAAAAUGUAUAAAGCUCUAUAGAGAGUUACUCACCUGUUGUCUGUUUGGUUGCGCAACCAAUUUGGUGGCGUGACCAGCUCGGACCCUCCAUGACUCUGGUGUCUGGUAUGGUAGCUUACAAACCCCACGGUGGCGUGACUGGUUGAGCCACCAAAGUGUCUCGGUGAAAUCCAGCACUAAUACUCAAUCUUUUACAAUUAUAAGAUUAUAUUAAUAAUUCGUAGUAAACUUCAAAAGUCUAUAUUAAAUGCUAAAUAUAUUUCUUGGUGCGUUCUUCUUAAGUUGUUAAGUAAAAUUUUGCUUCAAUUAAUUUACAUAAAAUUGUUGUUCACAGUAUAAUGAUUUUGCGAUUAAAAUCUAAAGACAUCAUAUAUUAAGAUUUUUUCGCGAUCAAACUUAGAUAAUUUAUACGUUUAGAUAAAGCCUGUUAUCAACGAAUAAUAACAGGCCAGGUUUAUUACUUUAGUGUGCAUGACGAGCGCACUGCUGUAAUAAUCUAUGUAGACGUAUAAAUUAUCUAUGAAUGUCACAUACUUAUUAGACUUUUGGUAAGCGCUAUAAAUUCUUAAAUAUUCAUAAGUUUAAAUUUUAUAUUCUUGUAAAUAUUUUAAUUACUUCACUCUAUGAUAAGGAUUAUAAUAUUAAGAUAAGAUAAUUAUAAUUGUAUCCUAAAUUUUGUUUGCUCAGUGAUGUGUAGUGUAUUUUAGACCGAUAAUAUUACUGUUUAAAAAUCAAACGAGAUGUAUCCAAAAUUGUUAUAUUAAUGUCUCCCAUACGUUAAGUACCUGUCAUUUUACUGAUUACGUAACGUACUUUCAACGUCAGUUAAAAGUAUUUUGAUAUAUAAUAUAAUCGUCAUCAUCAACAUCAUCAUCGUCAGUCGGAAGACGUUAUAAUCACCUGGUCAUACUUAACGAAUACACCCUGUAUAUGAUUAAUUCAUGAAUCAUUAUUAUAUUAAUAACCUACGUAAAAUUAAAAAAUCAUACUUGUAUACACAUACAAUUAUGAUGUAUGUACACACACGUGUAUCACCCAAAAUAAACAAUUUAGCAAUGAAUUAAUUUCAAAAGCCAAUUUAAUUUAAUUCUUUUUUUGUAGCACACACACAGCAAACAUGGUUCUUGUCAGUAAAGCUCAUAUCACAGCUUACAUGACAACAACAACAUAAUUAUUUUAAGUUUUAUUUGGAGAUUUCUGCAGUGCAUUUAUUAAGUAUAAGGUUCAUUAUGGGUUUUGUAUGAUUAAAAAUGUACGUAAAACGUAAA